UUAAGAAAUAGCUUAAAGAAACUUAUUGAAGGGUAACUAAAUUAUAACUACAUUUACACACAACUAACAUGCAUACAAACACAAUGGUUUGUUGCUCCUUAAUAGGAGGGCUGGCUAUUUUUUCUCUUCUGAAUUAACUUGUGGUGGUCUGGAUUAAAAACGAGCAGUUCUGUAUACUUUCCGAGUCCGAGAUUUGUGCAUCUUUCAGAGUCAGAUACUGAAAAAUGAUUGUUUAUCAAGGUUUCGAGAAGACCAGUUUACUUCUGUCUAAGGGGGUUCAAUCCACUUAUUCUAUUUUGACCCUUGAACAAGCAUUUCAAAUUUGGCUAUCCGCAGAUGCUCUCACAAAAUUGGUUCUAUAAAUUAAAUGGGUGUGGGCGACUAUGGUUGCAUGGUUUCAUUUGGUUUAAAGUAAGACUGUAGCAGCUGCCAUUAGUUGUUUGGGGCUUAUUUUUGUAAGACUUAAUCUGUUCUUGAUUUGCUUUUCAACUACUACUAAGGCAAAAAAGGGUCAAAUUAAAACAGUUAACGUGUUUUAACUAUCAGAAUGAUAUGAUCAGCUGAAUUUCUAUCUUGGGGAAAUUUAACAUUAAAAACGUUUUCCAUUUCUUUGGUUGACUUAGGUGCAUGUUAGAUAAUAAUAAAAUAUACAGUCAUGACACUACUGGGCUUCUCCUACCCAUACCAAUUGUGACCAUAAAAUGACUAAGAAUUUAAUUGAAUAUAGAAUUUAGGCCAAAGACCAGGCACUGGGACCUAUAUGGCCAUUCAGUGGCGAGGCGGAAAUUGACGGUAAAAGGUGUAACAGGAGGGAAAUCUCGCAGUUUCACUAUGAAUAAAUUGUUAGGAGAGGGUGGAAGAUAAAAUGGAAGACAGAGAAUAUGAAAGGAGGUACAGUAAAAGGAACGAAGGUGGUUGCAGCUAAGGGCCGAAGGCUGCUGCAAAGAACCUCAGAAAAGUAUUCGUUCCAUGUAUUUUAGUGAAUCCAUCGUAGUGACAAUCUUCGGAGUUUCAAAUUUUCAUGUUCCUGAAACUAAUUGGCUCUAGGAUUUUUGUACAUAUUCUGUAGCACUUUGUUAAUCGUAUUAACAUUCAUAGGUACAGAUCAAGUGUUUAUUUAGCUGUCAACUAUUUGAUUUAGAUUGAUAAUACAAUUGACUGUCACCUGGAUUAGAAUCUAGAUCCACAAAAUUAAAAAAAAAAAGUGAUUGCUCGUCCUCCUUUCAAGAGACCAGUAGUACUGUCCAUUAAUAAUGACUCCUCCUUGCCAUGCGUGCAAUUGAUGGCUAAACGAAAUAGAGAAGUGUAAAUUUAAUUCCUUCCAUGUAUCUGUUUCUCCCCUCAAGAUGUCUCCUCAUUGCCUUUCCAAGACAAUACCCAAAGAUCUUCACAACACCAAAAACCAUAGUAACCAUCGUCAUGAUUUGGGUUGUAUCAGCUGCACUGAUGCUCAUUCCAUUGCUGAAGAUAUAUGGAGAAUUCACCUAUAACAUUAAGACGAAAGAAUGUGACUUCGGAGACUCUCAAGAAACUGGUGGAAAUGGUCCAAGGAAACUGUUCUUAGCUCUAGGAUUUCUCCUCCCAUGCGCUAUUAUCAUCGCUUCGUAUUCCUACAUCUUUUAUAAGGCAAGACAGAGUUCAGCUAAAGUACAUAGGACAAGGUCCCAGUCAUUACUCAAGGGUUCCAUUAAUAGUUCAACUGAAGUCAGACCACCCCGUCCAGCUGAUGGGCUGAGGAAGCGUGAUAUUCGUAUUGCUAGAACUAUUGGCGUUAUCUUUCUUGCAUUCAUUAUAUGCUGUACCCCUGUUUCCAUAGCUCACUACUUCGACAAUAAAUUUCAUAAUCCAACACUCCUGCUGCUGUUGCACCCUUUGUACUGGGCUCAGUAUUGCAUUAACGUAUUCAUAUACGUCUUCAUGAACCACCAAUAUCGUGAUGCCUAUGUGAACUACAUCUCUCGUUGGUGGCCCAACUUUAAAGAGGUGACUUUCCGAAAAUUUAAAUGGCGAGAGGAACGCACAAGCUGUGAUAGUCAACGCCAGACUAGAGCUGCCACUCCCAGCAGUAAUGUGAGAUUUGCCACAAGGAAAGAAUCAAAAUCUAGUAUCAGAGUUCCCCAGUCCCCAUUAGUGGGGGUCACAAGUAAGAAACCAACAUUAGAAACAUCACCAGAAGUUGUGGACACAACCCUUUAAUGGAACUUGAAUGAUUAGAGCCUGGUGAUAUUCUGCUCAUGGGAAUCUUCAGCAAUCACUCCACCUACAAAGUUCAUUCCUGGUUCUCUGUAAAGUGGAGUAUAUGUAUUUUGAAUGUGUCAGGACACAAUUGUGUGCAUUCUUGGGUGGUAAUUGGAGAAUUUCCAAAGUCUAUUUGCAAUAGUUAAUAAGAGUUGGGACAGUCUCAAAUGAAAGAUAUUGUGCAUGUCUACAAAAAGAAACCAGUGCAAGAUCCUGUAACAAGCAGAUACUAAUGACUAUGUUAAAAACUCGGCUCUUUGAUUAUUCUAGUGCCUUCAAAUAGGUGCUGCUGUGAUGCUCACUUUUACAAUAGUGUACAGAGUACAUGUUCUGUUUUUAAUCCUUAACCACAAAGAGAAAAUGAGGUUAUGAAAUGAAUUAAGAGUGCUGUAAAUGAGGAAUUACAAAUAUAUGAAUUUCAAUGGUGUUCUGACAUUCAGAAAGUGUACCAUUCUUACAAGUCUCUCUCAAAAAGUGAUUCCCCUUUUUAAGCUCUUAAUUGCAUGUAUAGGUUACAAUGAUUAAUCUGAUUGCAUGAAUUCUCCUGUCCACAGACUUCAACUUUUAUUUGGUUACCUGUAUGUCUUAGAUGUAAGGGGGACUAACAACUGGUAUCCACUUUUGGAUGUAUCAAUAAUUAUUGAUUUACAUGUCCUGGUACUGUAUAUGUAAAUAGCAACAUAAAAAUUAUUAUCAAGUAGUCUAGCUGAACACCUGAGUAAAAAAAUCUUGACUCAUAGGGUUGUGUCGACAUUUAAAAGAGAUUUUACAAAGUAAGUGCCAUUCAAAGAAAUAUUAAUCCCUUAACCUAUGACUUCCAUAGUUCCAGUGUAAUGCAGGCUUAAGAUAAUUCUCUCAGACCUGUAACCUGUUCUUAAUUUGAUUGUGUUCACUCCCUCAAUCUCAAGUCUUUCAUAUUUGUUCUUCUUUUGCUGGUCUUCUGUUGGGAAUAGUCAUGGUCAUUAUUUUUUUGCAAGAAAAUAUGAUUCAUACCCUCAUCAUAAGUAUCUCCCCUUACUCUAGGACUGAGUUUUGUUUAGUAUUUUAAUUCAAGACCUCAAAUAAAAAAUAAAAAAAUAUUUUCUUUACUAUGAAGAAAUAAAUUCAAAUCAUACAAACUGUAUUAGCAAAUUAUUUUGAUUUGCAUGCAUGUCCUUUAUAUCUUGCAUACUACAUAAAAUAAUGUACUAGAAUGGACAAAAUUUUCAUUAUUGGUCAGUAUAAGGUUGUGUGUGUGUUUCAAGAAUAAUUUUGCUGUUGUGGCAUGGGUACUUUGCUUCACUGAUGAUUUUAUGAUCAAUGUAUUAACUAAGAUAUCAAAAGGUACUGCACUCAGCUUCAUUUGCCAAAGUUCUAUAAGUUUUCGUGUAUAAAUAGUCAAGAAAAAUAAUUUACUAAAAUUUCCAUUUAUUAAGAGUUAUGUAUAUGCAAAACAAAGGGGUUUUCAUUGUUAGAACAUAUUUUACGUGUUUCAAAAGUAAAUAUUGUAUUAUUUGUGUUACAUUAAUCAAACAGUACAUAUUUUAUCUAGUUUUCUUCAUAAAUUUUCUUAAACUUCCUUUAUGAUUAAAUGUACUGUAGAGGGUACAGCCUUUCAAAGUAAAAAAAAGAAUAUAUGAUCAUUCACUCUUAAUAAAAUUGUGCUCUAGAUUUGGUUCUCCUGGAGAGCUAAAUGAAACAUUCAUUGCAAACUAUGCGCUGUACAGUGUCAAAUUCCUUUCCAUUUUUUUUAAUAAUAUAAUGCAUGUUCGUCAAGAUACAAGAAGUUUGUAUUCUAUAAGUGAACCCAAUAUAAAAUUUGGCCUUUAAAUAUUGUUGCAAAAGGAACAAAAUGUGACUGACUUAUGUUAGACAAAGAUUUUCUGUCCCAAAUAUAAAAACAAUGCAUACUUUCAGGCCUGAAAUAUCAAAAGGACAAAGUGGUGAAGGGGACAACAGUCUUUUGUCUUUGAUGUAAGAUUAUAGUUUUGGAUAAUUGCAAAUUAACUGUGCCAAAGACUUGGCAUAUGCAUUUUCUCUAUGAUGUCUCUGGGGAUUAUAUAAGGGCAGUUACAUAUCUGAAAUCUGCAAAAUUGUAGGUUUAUUAUUGUUAAGUAAUCUUUUGCGUUCUCACAAAGGUAAAUGCUCACUGGUUUUACUCAAGCAUCUUGUAAAAUAUAUUUUUAAAGAUAAAAAGUUUAUGUAAUUUGAAGGAGCUGUAAGAAUGAACCUUAUUAAAAUUGUCAGUUUUAUUUAUUAUCUAUGAAUUGAUGAUAUAGUGCUGGAAAAUGUUUUGUCAGCAGCAAAAAUUCAAUAAAAAAUAAUAUCAUCAAAUGUAA